AUGUCCAAGGCAGCAAGACCCGUAGACCCGGAGUUGCCUGCAGAAUCGGUUUCGAAUUCUACCGCGGCACCUCAGCCAUCAAACAACGACCACAAGAAUGGAGAGGACAAAGUGAAGGAAGGCGAUAGGCUAAAUAAUACGAGGCCAAUACCUCGACACCGCUUCCUCACAUCUUCUGAGUGGACGGCCCUAGCAGGCGGACUAGGUGCGAUACGAGAUCACGAGAACCACGCUCCAGUCCACCCAACCAGCUGGUGGUGGCCACCCAGAGGCAUGGUUCGAGGCCUCUAUCGAGAUGUGGUCCAGCAGCGGACUCUUUACGGCUACUUGUUUCACGUAGCUAGUGUAUCCCGAUGGAGCCUCAUGAUCGUCCAACUCUUGCUCGGGGCUGCCCUGACGGCCCUGGGGCCGCAGCCUGCCCAUCAUGGCCCGCCAAUCACGGCGUUGGGCGCACUCAACACUAUCAUUGCUGGGCUGCUUGCGCUGCUCCAUAAUAGUGGUCUCCCCGACCGAUACAGAUACAACAUGUUCGAGUUUGAGGAGCUCGAGGACCAUAUUCGGGAACUUUUGGACACAGGCCUCGCUCCAGCCGACAGUGCCAUGGACCAAACACUGGUUGAGUGCUUCAACCUGUUCCAUCAAGCCAAAGCUACUGUAGCGGCCAACAUGCCGGCGAAUUACAACUCGAAAAACCAGCUGCGGGCGGUUAGGGGGAACGCCACAUACACCGCGACCAUGAACGAGAAGGAGGGGCAUCAACCUCAGCAGCGCGAUGGAUCUUUGAAGCCAAAGAGCGAUACGGGAACGUCGGGGCUUGACAAGACCAUGGCAGCUUCGUCAGCAUCAAGGUGA